AUGACGGACGGCCACAGUGCCCCUCCAGCUGAUACACCGGCACUGGCACCAGCAGCAGACAGCACUGCUGCGCCGGUCCCGGCAGAUGUACGCUCGCACGUCCAUCAUCAGACGGCGCCAACCCAUGACAAGGAGCAGGUCUCCUCUUUUGGCCGCAUUACCCCUCGACCGACAUUCUUGGGUAAUCUAGCUACCUCGCGUGACACGCAAUUCCAGCUAGAUCGACGGAAUUCGAGUGAGUUGGAGCGAUACUUUCAUGGCCCCCGGAACAUGGAAAAACAUUCCAAGUGGCCCAUCAUGAUGCGAAUGCACGGCAGCAUCAUGCCAAAAAUGAUCAUCCCACUUCUGACGGUCACUAUUUGGUCGACCGCUAUUACUGUCUUUUCCAAAACCGUUCAUGACAUUGGUAUCAACAACAUCCUGCUCACCGUGCUGGGUUUCGUGGUGGGUUUGUCUUUGUCAUUCCGCAGCUCAACUGCAUAUGAGAGAUGGGCAGAUGGGCGUAAAUAUUGGUCCCAGCUCAUUCAAACGUCUCGCAACCUCUCGCGUACAAUUUGGAUCAAUACUGGCGAGAGAGAAGGGGAAGAAGGGAAAGAAGACCUUUUAAGAAAACUCUCCGCGUUGAACCUCAUUUUGGGCUUUGCUGUCUCCCUUAAACACAAACUCCGCUUCGAGCCCGAUAUCGCAUACGAUGAUCUGGCUGGCCUGGCGGGACACCUCGACACUUUUGCCCGUGAUGCUCACGACCGCAUGGUUGUCAACCCUCCGCCUAAAACUAUUUGGAAGUCCGCAGGAGAGUACCUGGGUGUGUCCUUCGCCGAGUCAAACCCUCGGAAGUAUGUCAAGCGCUCCAAGAAGCCUCUUGGACAUUUGCCCCUGGAGAUUCUUAACCAUCUGUCCGCCUAUAUCGAUUCAUGCGUAGCCAACGGCACUAUAACUUCAACUCUGCAUCAGGGACAAGCCAUCACCAUGAUGGCCACCUUGAAUGAGGUUUUGACUGGCACAGAACGUGUCCUGGACACCCCCUUGCCUACCGCAUACAGCAUUGCCAUUGCUCAGAUUUCGUGGAUCUACAUCCUGGUCCUUCCAUUCCAGCUUUACAAUGCCUUGGAAUGGAUCACCAUCCCCGCAUCCAUCGUGGCUGCCUAUAUCAUCCUCGGCUUGGCUACAAUCGGCAGUGAAAUCGAGAACCCUUUCGGCCACGAUGUCAAUGAUCUUCCACUGGACACCUACUGCCGGCAGAUCGCCGUCGAAAUCGACAUCAUGACUGCCACUCCCCGGCCCACUGUCAAUGACUUCAUGUCACGCGCUGACAACCUCGUUCUAUUCCCUCUUAGUCAGUUGGGAUACCCUGAAUGGAAAGAGCGAAGCGUCGAGGAAAUUCGUGAGGCACUACGAACCAAGGUGGUUGCCAAUCCAUCAUCUUCAGCGUCAGAUACAUCUACAAUCGUGGAAAAUCUUCCCCCCAAGACCACCGCGUCAUCAGUCUGA